AUGAUCCAUCCUGAAGGCCCCGCUCACCCCCGCUCACCCCCCCUCACCCCCGCUCACCCCCCCUCACCCCCCCAGUGUGACGGCUGCAUCAGUCUGAGCGCCGGGCCGUGGAGUGUGAGUUUGCGGCUGGAGCGGCCUCAGCUCGGCGGUGGUCUCAGGCCAUUUGGCGACGCAACGGUGGGCAGCCUGCGAGUUAGCGACACGGUGGUAUCAGGUGUUAGCGGCCAAUGA